AUUACAGUUUUCAAGAUGCAGAUUUUCGUGAAGACUCUCACGGGUAAGACUAUUACUUUAGAAGUUGAACCAUCCGAUACCAUCGAAAACGUUAAAGCGAAGAUUCAAGACAAAGAAGGCAUUCCCCCAGAUCAGCAACGUUUGAUUUUUGCUGGAAAGCAGCUUGAAGAUGGUCGAACCUUAUCCGAUUAUAACAUUCAAAAAGAAUCUACCUUACAUCUGGUUCUCCGGCUUCGUGGUGGAAUGCAGAUUUUCGUUAAAACUCUUACAGGUAAAACUAUAACGCUCGAAGUUGAACCUUCGGAUACUAUCGAGAAUGUCAAAGCAAAGAUUCAAGACAAAGAAGGCAUUCCCCCAGAUCAACAGCGUUUGAUCUUUGCUGGCAAGCAACUUGAAGACGGUCGUACACUAUCAGACUAUAAUAUUCAAAAGGAGUCUACACUUCACUUGGUACUCCGUCUCCGUGGUGGUAUGCAAAUCUUUGUUAAGACCCUUACUGGCAAGACCAUCACACUAGAAGUGGAGCCCUCUGACACUAUUGAGAAUGUAAAGGCUAAAAUCCAGGACAAAGAAGGCAUUCCCCCAGAUCAACAGCGUUUGAUCUUUGCUGGCAAGCAACUUGAAGACGGUCGUACACUAUCAGACUAUAAUAUUCAAAAGGAGUCUACACUUCACUUGGUACUCCGUCUCCGUGGUGGUAUGCAAAUCUUUGUUAAGACCCUUACUGGCAAGACCAUCACACUAGAAGUGGAGCCUUCUGACACUAUUGAGAAUGUAAAGGCUAAAAUCCAAGACAAAGAAGGUAUUCCCCCAGACCAACAGCGUUUGAUCUUUGCCGGCAAACAACUGGAAGAUGGCCGUACUUUAUCUGACUACAAUAUCCAAAAAGAAUCCACACUUCACUUGGUACUCCGUCUCCGUGGUGGUAUGCAAAUCUUUGUUAAGACUCUUACUGGCAAGACUAUCACUCUAGAAGUGGAGCCCUCUGACACUAUUGAGAAUGUAAAGGCUAAAAUCCAAGACAAAGAAGGUAUUCCCCCAGACCAACAGCGUUUGAUCUUUGCCGGCAAACAACUGGAAGAUGGCCGUACUUUAUCUGACUACAAUAUCCAAAAAGAAUCCACACUUCACUUGGUACUCCGUCUCCGUGGUGGUAUGCAAAUCUUUGUUAAGACCCUUACUGGCAAGACCAUCACCCUAGAAGUAGAGCCCUCUGACACUAUCGAGAAUGUAAAGGCUAAAAUCCAGGACAAAGAAGGUAUUCCCCCAGAUCAACAGCGUUUGAUCUUUGCUGGCAAGCAACUUGAAGACGGCCGUACACUAUCAGACUAUAAUAUUCAAAAGGAGUCUACACUUCACUUGGUACUUCGUCUCCGUGGUGGUAUGCAAAUCUUUGUUAAGACCCUUACUGGCAAGACAAUCACACUAGAAGUGGAGCCUUCUGACACUAUUGAGAAUGUAAAGGCUAAAAUCCAAGACAAAGAAGGUAUUCCCCCAGACCAACAGCGUUUGAUCUUUGCCGGCAAACAACUGGAAGACGGCCGUACUUUAUCUGACUACAAUAUCCAAAAAGAAUCCACACUUCACUUGGUACUCCGUCUCCGUGGUGGUAUGCAAAUCUUUGUUAAGACCCUUACUGGCAAGACCAUCACCCUAGAAGUAGAGCCCUCAGACACUAUCGAGAAUGUAAAGGCUAAAAUCCAGGACAAAGAAGGUAUCCCUCCAGACCAACAGCGUUUGAUUUUUGCUGGCAAACAACUGGAAGAUGGCCGUACUUUAUCUGACUACAAUAUCCAGAAAGAAUCCACACUUCACUUGGUACUCCGUCUCCGUGGUGGUAUGCAAAUCUUUGUUAAGACCCUUACUGGCAAGACAAUCACACUAGAAGUGGAGCCUUCUGACACUAUUGAGAAUGUAAAGGCUAAAAUCCAAGACAAAGAAGGUAUUCCCCCAGACCAACAGCGUUUGAUCUUUGCCGGCAAACAACUGGAAGAUGGUCGUACUUUAUCUGACUACAAUAUCCAAAAAGAAUCCACACUUCACUUGGUACUCCGUCUCCGUGGUGGUAUGCAAAUCUUUGUUAAGACUCUUACUGGCAAGACUAUCACUCUAGAAGUGGAGCCCUCUGACACUAUAGAGAAUGUAAAGGCUAAAAUCCAGGACAAAGAAGGUAUCCCUCCAGACCAACAGCGUUUGAUUUUUGCUGGCAAACAACUGGAAGAUGGCCGUACUUUAUCUGACUACAAUAUCCAGAAAGAAUCCACACUUCACUUGGUACUCCGUCUCCGUGGUGGUAUGCAAAUCUUUGUUAAGACCCUUACUGGCAAGACAAUCACACUAGAAGUGGAGCCUUCUGACACUAUUGAGAAUGUAAAGGCUAAAAUCCAAGACAAAGAAGGUAUUCCCCCAGACCAACAGCGUUUGAUCUUUGCCGGCAAACAACUGGAAGACGGCCGUACUUUAUCUGACUACAAUAUCCAAAAAGAAUCCACACUUCACUUGGUACUCCGUCUCCGUGGUGGUAUGCAAAUCUUUGUUAAGACCCUUACUGGCAAGACCAUCACCCUAGAAGUAGAGCCCUCUGACACUAUCGAGAAUGUAAAGGCUAAAAUCCAGGACAAAGAAGGUAUCCCUCCAGACCAACAGCGUUUGAUCUUUGCUGGCAAACAACUGGAAGAUGGCCGUACUUUAUCUGACUACAAUAUUCAGAAAGAAUCGACUCUCCAUUUAGUUUUGCGUCUUCGUGGUGGUUAUUACCAGGAAUAAAUAUGACAUGUAAACCUUAACCUAUUUAAUUUGCAGUAUUAAAUUAUAUAAAGUUUGUUUCAAUAUAGAGGUGUGUAAUCAUUCCAAUUUUAAUAAACAAUCAGCUUUA